CAUCUCGUUUUGCUGCUGCAGCAUUUUAAUAAUUCACAAAAUACUGAUCGAAUCAACAGAAUGCUCGAGUUACAGUAACAAAUGUGACAACCGUCCUGGACGGCUAAGUAACAGCUCGAGCGAAAUUGUAGAAUUGUACAGGGACUGACAUUCUUUUUAAUUUAUUAUUCUGGUUACGAUGUCACCUCUUACAUGAUGAUAAAUUUUUUCGACGCAAGAUAACCAUGAAACUUUUCUUCGUUCCGCAGCAGCUAUUUUUCGUGCGCUUUAACCCGGGCUUAUUAUCGCGACGCGUCGUAGAAGAGUGUCGCAUUACAAUAUACAAUAACACCGUUAUAGUAUUAUCAGCUUACUACGUAAUAAUGUAACGUGUACUGGGAAAACAGGCGCGUCACAGAACAUCGUGUUACAUAAUGUAAAAGCUAUCUCAACGUGACGGUGCUCGACUCUUGCGAGUCGACCGUUUUAACUUCGGGAGUAAUUCGCAUUUCUAGAAAUAGAACUGAAAUAAGUUUACAUGGAAAUUUCGUGUCUCUUCGGAUAUAUUUUUUUUUAACUCUUAGUUUAAGAGGCACGUAUACCCAAGCGAGUUGACGCUGGAACGUCGGAAGCGGAACGUUGCUUCGACCUUUUUCGAAUUCUAUGCCCACGUAUAGUCGGCUCUCCUCGAGAGAGAGAGAGAGAGAGAGAGAGAGAGAGAGAGAGAGAGAGAGAGACGACGUUCGCUCCACGUCGAUUGCGCAAUCAAUUUUCCUCCAAGGAACGUCGCACGGUCGGCUGGCAUCAUUAAAUUAUGUGUCAGUGUUUACAGCGAAGCAACACGUGAAACGACUCCUCCGUCGCCGCCUCCGACAUCCGCUCCGCGGUCCGCCACCCCCGGCGGUACGAGUCGAGCCACCCCCUCGCCUCUUUGCCCGGAUCCAGCGGAAUGUACUUAAACGACAGGAAGGUGCACGCGUCGAUUGGUCGGGCGAACCCGGGUCGAUGGUGUGAGAGGGGGCGCCGGGUCUUUCGCGAGGCUCGUAGUGCCGCUCUGACCACCGUCGCGGUUGGGUUUACUCGCCGUCGUCCUUAACUUGGUAAGAUCGCCGCGAUCGCUCGGCACGAGAUUUAUCGACACGCACGUAGCACCACCGAUCCCCCGGGUAAUCCUCGAUCUUCCCUCGCGAUCGAUCGCGCGAUUCCGGGCCGGGCGGGCCUCGCGGGCUGAAUCCUGAAAGCGGAAUCGAAUGAUCGUGCGGAACGAUCGCGAUGGAGCGAUCGCGGUGGAGCGACGUGUUCUAGUAAGGGUGUCCCUCUGCCGUAUACGUGUACAGGUGCAGCGCGGGGUCGUUACACCGAGGGGCCGUCACCGCGGGUAGUGUGCGGUGGUGCGUGUUCGCAACCGUCGCGAGGGAUCGGCGAGGAGCGGCAGGCAGUGGUAGUAGUAGUAGUAGUACGGUAGUACAUCGCGGGUGGUGUGGAUUCGCAGUCGAAUCGUGAAUGCGGCCGCGUUAACAGAUCCCCUUUCCCUCUCUCCCUCCCCCCCCUCCCUUUCUUUCCCUGAGGGAUCGACAUCGCCAGGACAGAAAUGAGAAGACAGUCGUAUUGCCCGAGCUCGAGCAGCGGAAACGGCGCCGGCGAGCCGCUGAUUGUCGUCGAGGAGAGUACGGGCGAGGAGGAAGCGGAGCGCUGCCGCACGGAAUCGCCGCCGCGAUGUGUCGAUCCAGACUCGCCGUCCUUGAAUCCCUAUCUGCUGUCGCCGUGGAGGGACGCCAGGAAGCAUUCCUUGCCGACGCCGCAGUGCACAUCCGGGAUAACCGCAUCCCAGGUGCGACGGUUGAGCGAGCGCGGCGGAGAAGGUUCCGGUCCAUCGGCGAGGGAGGCUGCCUUCCUGGCGACGCUCUCGCAGACCCCGGCACCGCAGCCCGGCGGCCGGCGGCAUUCCGUCGUCACGAUCUCCAAGGUGCCGACCACCCUGUUCGGCCGCAAUCGCCGCGAGUCCAUCGCCGCGUUUCCCAUGGGAGGCGCCACCAGGAUAUUACAGAGCCGGCGAGACUCCUCCACCGGGUUGACCGGCCCGCCCAGCAACAGCGGGAGCACGCACAAUUUGCAGCUCGACAUUAUGGACGACAUCGCCGAGAUCAAGGCCAGAAAGGUCCGUUUAAAGAUGUACAAGACACCGUCGCGGGAGCGCGUGUGCGAGAUCCAACCAUUGGAGGGCAACAGCUCUGCCACGCAGAAAUACAUACAGCAUCAGAAACGCCGAUUCUCGGAGUUCUCGGCGUCGGUCGCGGCGUCGACGUCGACACUACGUAGGCGCGCGUCCGAGAUGACGAGGCCGCUCUCCGAUAUCGAGAUCCCCGGCACGAGGGCGGCGGGUAUCACGUGCUCCAACACGGAUCUGAUAUCCAUCCUGAGUUCCCUGACGUCGUCCGCGACGGAGAUAAACAUGUACGGCACCUCGGACACGCCAAGCGCGAAGGACGAGCAGCAGAAAUCGAGCUGGUCAACCAAAACGGCGGAGCAGAGGCGCAGUCGGCUCAAGAGCUCUCGGUCCAACAGCUUCGACGUCUCCAUUCUGCACAGCACCAAGAGCAAGACCCCAACCACCAGCAGCAGCAGCGGCAGCGGCGGUAAGAACAGCAGCCCCAUCGGCGCGCUCAUGGCGCCCAGCAGCUGGUUCGCCAAGAGGCAUCAGCCGAUCUCGAGGAAGAGCCGAUACGACGAGGAGAACGCGACGCUGGCGUACAAGCUGGAAAAGUCGCGGGUGGUCAAGACGGUCAAGGACACGAUCGUGAAUUCCAGGCACAAGGUUCUCUGGGACGACAGCAGCGGUACCAAGGUGGACGCUCAGGUGCUCGGUAAUGCCAUCGAGAAGAUCCUCACCUCGGGCCACCGGGGAAACGACGCGGAAGCGUCGGGUAGCUCAUCCGGAAAGCCAGCCGUGUCGCCGAACAAGUCGCGCGCCAGUAAGGUCGCCAGUUGGUUCACGAGCGGGAACAAGGAGCAGGAGCAACCGGAUUGCGAGUCGAUCUGCUCCACCCUCAAGGACCUCUUCGUCAAGUAGUGCACCACCGUCGGACCGAUCUCCCGCGAUUACGUCGAUUCGCAUGUUUCGUUUGUAAACAGGAUCUACUGAAUUGACGGUACAAGUUAUUUGCCGCACUGCCGUACUAUUUAUUUAUUUAUUUACUUUAUUUCUUUUUCGCCGAAUGAGGUUCCACAUCCACGAGCCAACUCCCCCGCAAAUCCGAAGAGAUCUGUGUUGGAAUGAUUCUCUUGUUUACCUUCUUGAAUUGAGACGGGAUUUGACCGUGCGAGAAAGAUCGGAAACGAGAAGCGAGACAGAAAUGUACAGGAAGGGAGGGAGGGAGGGAGGGGGAGAGAAAGAUCAAAGCUACGGAAGAUUACAGGUUUGAUCGAAGAUGACACUAUUUUUCUUCUUUCUCUCUCUCUUGCGCUUAUGUAUUUCUUCACACGGUGAAAUUCAACAUAAUCUCGCGCGCGUCUCACCUUUAUAAGACACGUUAAGAAGCUGUUUCUUUUCAUCCUCGGAUUCGGAAUUUAUUUAAAUCACAUCCUGAAAGGAUCAACAACGAAUCCGUGGAAGGAUAUUAUCGAAUUUGUGAGGCGAGUUUCUGUCGGCACGAAAUUUUGUUUAUGACCUUACACGAUAUUUCGCUCGUGGAGUAAACAGAAACCAACGUUUGGCGCAUUUAAUAAUAUUUAAUAAAUAUCCGUGGUUUUAAUUUUCUGGGAAAUUGAUAUCUCGUAAUUAAGCGCGGCAAUUUACGAAGAUAGCUAAAGGCCUUUGCCAAUGCAUUCGCGCAAUACGUAAACAUUGAGUUCGAUAUUUACGGACUAUUUUCGCUCUCUUAUCCUUCGUUUAUUUCGAUUAUCUCAUACAUCUUUCGCGACCGAUUGCACUCAUGAUCACCGCGAGAUGACAGAUAACGCGAUCUGUCCUUGUCUACCCUGAGCGAUUACGCACACGAUAUAUAUAUAUAUAUAUACACACACACACACACACACACACGUGCGCCAUAUUAUUUCUAUAGUGCAGAUAUCGAGAGGAGAUUGAUUAGAGAACUAUUUUCAUAAGGGACAAUUAUUUUUAGUAAUGCGUCAUUUUAAGUUGUCGUCAACAGCAGAUAAUGUUACGUUGGCGCGAAAGAAUUCUAGGAUAUAAAAUUAUGACAUAAGAGAAAAUUCUGCGCUGCAUUUCUCGUAUAUUAACGCAGACGACGUGGAUAAUCAUAAACGUUAAUCUAAUCCUUUGCGGGCCAAAGGAGAUGCACACGUUAUAAUUGUAGAAUAAUAUAUAUAUAUAUAAUAUAUAUACUGGAAGAGGGGGGCACCAUACACACGGAAAGUGGCGGCUGGUCCGGUUAACUGCGCAAGGGGGUAAUUUUAUCUGUCGUCCUUCUUCCCGUUUCUCGUCGGUUGGACUGCUAUCUGUUUUUCCUGCUCCUUUCGGUCGAUGUUCCUCGACCAUCCUUUCGACCGCACGAACCGCCACUGAUGUAGAAGUACACGAUACAGAUAUGUUGACAUAGAGAUAUGUGUGUGUGUAAAAAUUGUCAUGUGCAUGUUUAAUAACGAUGUACAGCAAUGGUACACACGAGGUUUAUACACGUUGCCACGUGUACGUGUGCGUGUAUGUGCUUGUGUGUACGUACACGUUUCGGAAAACAUAUUCAUGCGGCAGUCUCUCGAGAAUUUUGUGUUUCAAAGGAAUAUGCGAUCACGAGUGAGAUGCGAAUUAAUUAAACUUCUGACGGAGCCACAAGCAAAAACUGAAUGAGUGAGACCAUAUCCUGAAAAAGUAUUUUUUUUUUUUUUUUUUAUCAAUUUCCUUCCUCAACUUCGUGCUUGCGCUUGAUAAUUCUGUUCCUUAAAUUUUAUACGGUAAUUUGGAAAAAAAAAGUUAUAUUAUCUUUCUAUAUUUAUACUCUUUCCAUCCAGUUUUAUUUUAUUGUAUAAUUCUUUAUUUUAUUAUAUAAUUUUAUAUAUUUCUCAAAAGAUUCUUUAAAUUUCCCUAUAAGCGCGUAAUAUUAUUUAAUAUUAAGUAAUAUGUUCUUAGAAUAUUAAGUGUACAUUUAAUAUUCUAAGAAUAUGCUUAAAAUAUUACAUAAUAUUAUGCGCUUAUAGGAUUUAUUCCUAGAAUAUCCGCCAAUAAUUGAACAAUAGCGUGCAAUAACAUUGCUAACUGUACAAUCAUCAGAGACCCGAACUCAAUGCCACAAAAUUAAAUUUUGUGAUAUGGAGUUCAGGUCUCUUAUGAUUGUAGAAUUAGCAAUGUUAUUAAUGAUCUCGCUUUGCUCCGCUGCAGUGUAUUAGAAUGUGAUUAUAGAAUGACAAUAGAUACGGUUCAUAAUCUUCAUGCUGCUUUAUUAAGAAUUUGAAACGAUCUCUUCGACUCACAUUAAAUUAAUAGCUUCAGAAUAUAAUAUGAAUGUGAACUUUAUGUGCUGUCGUUUUAGAUAACUACAAUCGUAAAAAUCUUAUUUGAAAAUUUACGAUAAAAAAGUACGUCUAAACGAAACGGUGUGAUUUAUAGAUUACGCGUUAUUUCGAUACAUACUUACACGUCUCUUGAUAUAUCAAUGUUAUAAGAAAUGUUCCAAAGAUAAUAAUCGUUGUUAUUGAGCAUUUUGAAAUCUAUACGGAAUUGAUUGCGUAAUGUGAUUACCUCAAUCUGUACUUCAGAACUUAUUUAUGAAAAAACAUACAAUGUGUGAGUAGAGAAUAAAAAUAUUUAAAUGUUCUUCGAUUGAUAAUCAGAGUCUAUAUAUCCGCGUAAGUCUAUAGUUUUUCUUUAUACCACGUAAAAAUUGUAUUGAAUGAAAAGCAGCGUUAAAGAAAUAUAAAACAAAGACGGAAGUACAAAUGUUAAACGAAUGAUUAAAAGACCAAAAGCAUGUUAUUUUGUCUUACUGAAUUGAGUAAUAACUCGAAUAAGCAAUUUCUGACAAAGGUAACAACGUGUCUUUUUCCAAAUACUAUAAACCUCGAUACUUAAUCUUUUAACAAUUCUAAAAUUAAUUAAAUUAACGGAAUUGAAAAAAUGAAAAAAAAAAUAUAAAUAAUUGUUAUAAGCAAUUGUCAGAAAACGUCAUAUAUUUAUGACGCUUUUAACCCCGAACAUAUCGAUCUUUUAUUUGGACAGUAAAUAAUUUUUUAUUUUAAUUUAGUAAAGGUAAUAACAUGAAAAAAAAAUUAGAAAAUUAGUUAACAAAUUAUCCACGCCAUAAUUCUUAUGAAUGUUGUGUUCAAAAGUUGUGGAGAAAUAAAUCUGCUUGCGUAUUGUUUAGACUAGUGUACAUACCUCCUGUUCGUAUGUUAUUUAGAUUAUCGAAAUGUCCUAAGAUUGUAAAUAGUAUUGGUGCUGUAUGUUCUAUCAAUGUUCUCGCAGCAGAUUGAUAAAACAUGAAUAUGAAAAAAAAUAAAAUAUACGUUGAUCGUAAA